AUGACCCAGGCCAUCCAGCGCUGCCUCGUCAGCAAGGACCCUGACAUGGUGGGCGUGUUUGCCCAGCUGGUGACCGUCGAGGACCGGCGGCUGGCGGAGGUGGCGUCGGCCGCAUACAUGGGCGCGAUGCAGGUGGCCGCGGGCGUGCAGUCCAACGUGGUGGUUGUGAAGACCUACGAGUGCAUAUCUCGCCUGAGGGCGCUGCUGUCCUCCGGCAGCGGCGGCCCGGUGCCCUCCAUGCUGAGCUACUCGCUGAUACAGCCCUUCAGCCCCGAAGCGGAGGGCCGGGCGGGACGCAUCGAGCUGCAGGGGAUGAGCCCGCUGGCCAGGCGGCUGGCGGCGGAGGCGACGGAGGGCGCUGACGAGGCGCUGCCCAUGGUGCUGCCGCACACGCGCAUGCUGGUGGCGAUGCAGGACCGGGGCGCCCAGGCGCCUCGGGGCCUGGACCUGGCUGCCACCCAGUGGCCCCCGGGCUGCCUGGGCUUUGUGGUCAAUCUGCUGCGGCCCGCGGUGGCGGGGCACCGUCGCACGGUCAUGUACGCACAGCUGGGGCGCUCUCUGAUGUUUGAGACCAUGGAGCAGGGCGCCAGGUACCGCCAGAUGGUCACACAGGUCCUGCGCACCAGCGUGCCGGACAUCUUCACGCUGUGCGGCCAGAAGAUCAGCGGGCGCGGCGUGGUGGUGGGCAGCAGCUUCAGGGUGCCGCCGCUGGAGGAGACCCACUUCAGGUUUGGGGGCCGAGGCGGCGGCGCAGGCGGCGGUGGGGGCCAGGCCGGCGGUCUGUCGCCGCAGCAGGACGAAGUGUGGCAGGCAAUGGUGGCGGCGCUUGAGCAGAAGGAGGCAGCAGACGCGGCCGCGGAUGAGGAGGAGCGGCGCGGCGGCGAUGGCAGGGACGGCGGCGGUGGCGGCGGCGGUGGUGGUGACGCAGCGGAGGAGGGUGAGGGCGAAGGGGCGCUGAGGCAGCGGUUGUCGGAACUGCAGGAACGGAUCAGGCAGCAGCAAACACAGCAGCAGCGGGGCGGCGGCGGCGGCGGCGGCGAUGGCAAGGGCCGUGGCGGCAAGCGUGGCGGCGCAGACGGCAAGGACCUGGGCGCCGCGACACGCGAUGACCUGGUGCUCACGCCUCAAGAGGCGGCCGAGUGGCUGCGCAAGGGCGUCGUGCUCGAGGAGAAGGUCGACGGCGCCAACCUCGGAAUCUCCUUCGAUGACGCCGGCAAGCCCCGCUGCCAGAAGCGCGGUCACUGGGUGACGCCCGCCAGCGAGGCGCAGUUUGCCAAGCUCGCGGGCUGGCUGCGGCAGCACAGGCCCGUGCUACACGCGGUGCUGGGGACCCGAUACGUGCUGUUUGGGGAGUGGCUGGCGGCGCGCCACACCAUGCCGUACGACUGCCUCCCCGACUGGUUCCUGGCCUUUGACGUUCUUGACAGCCACGCGCAGCGCUUCCUGUCCAGGCAAGCCGUCGCUGGCGGUCGAGGGAACGGGCAGCUCACACUUCAAGGGCAGCUGGAGGAGCGGCCAGCUGACAUCAGCCACAGCGGCGACGGCGCGCCUGCCAGGCUGGCAUGGGCGUUCGCGGGGCCAGACGCGCUGCAGUCAGUAGCGCGGCUGCUGACAGACUGCCGCACGCACUUGGUGCGCGGCGCCUGCAGUGGGCCCAGCACGUGCGACACGGCAGGCAAUUCAAUUUGGAAUCACGUGGAGGGCCUCUACCUGCGUGUUGAGGAGGGGCCGUGGCUCAUCGGUCGGGCCAAGCUGGUGCACCCCGCCUUCAAGCAGGCCAUCGAGAACAGCGGCGGCCACUGGACCAAGCGGCAGCUGGUCCUCAACCACGUGCGCCCAGAUGUAUGGGCAGCCGGCGAGAAGCUGACUGUUUGGCUGCCAGAGUCGUGGAUGGAGGGCGUGGCGUCGGUAGCGCCGGAGGCGGCGGCGGGGUCGCAGAAUGCAGAUGGCUGUGACAGCGCCCCACCGCAGCCACAGCAGGCUGGGGACAGCAUCCUGGUCUCGCAGCAGCAGCAGCAGCAGCAGCAGCAGCAGCAGCAGCAGCAGCAGCAGCAAUCACCACGGGCAGUGGGCGUGGUGGCAGCAGCUUGCCCAGAUACGACCAUCCCAGCCUUGCCGACAAAGACCAACCUGCCGGCAUGCCGCCUGAAGCUGUGCAAUGGCAAGUCCUUCAUUGGUCUCAUUGGCGAGGCAGUGGAUGCAGCUGCCAGGAAGCUGCUGGAGCUGCACCAUCCAGAGGUGCCAGAUGCUUUCGUGGCCAACAGGGUUAUGCGCGACGGCCCCCGCCACCACAUCACCCUGGUGUCCCCUCACGAGCUCAACUCCCUGGCGGCAGAGGGCGGCCUCCAGCCUUCUGACGUACUGGCCCUGCUGCAGCAGCAG